AUGGCCUCAUCUCAGGUGGAAAUCGCGACUUCGUCUCCGUUUGGUUUUAGACAGAACAGUUUGAAUAAGCUGGUGAACUCCUCGUGCAUGCCCAAUGACAACAAAUCCCAUUCCCACCACAUUGAUUUUGACGACUUAUGGGUUCACCAUCCUCAAUGGAAAACAACAACAACAACAACAACACCAAACAAUAAUCCAUCCGGUCCUACCAACACCACCACCACCACUACAAGCAGCAACAACAACAACAAAAAGGAUAAUAAUAAUAAUAAUAAUAAAGAUAAUUGGUCAAGAGCUCGCCAAAUCAUUUUCCCCAUUGAUCGUGACAAGCUCUCAUCAAACGAUCGUUCGAGUGAGGGUUCCAAUUUACGUGGCGUCUCCUCUUUAGUUCAAAAAUGGAGAGGGUUUGAGGCCAAACGAAGCAGCACAAAUAGCAAUAAUAAUAACAUAAUUAGCAGGACAACAAAUGUGGACAAUUAUGCAGAUCCACCAACACCUGCCCCUUCUCUCAACGAAGAUAGCUAUGGCGAUUGGGAUUCCAAUUAUCGAACCUGCGGCUCACCUUCGGAUUCUGAGACGGAGAGGCUGAGGGUUGCUGACAUCAUCAAGAAGUUGACGGACAACAACGAGACUGGGUGUGAGUCUCCUCGAACCUCUCUACCGAAUCAAUCGGAGCCAAUCGUUAAUUCACCACGAAUUAGGGGCCGACAAGCGUUUAAUGAUCUGCUCGUGAGGAUGGAACGAGAUAGACACAUAGAAAUCCAGGGAAUUGUUGCCCGUAGACCUGUUUCCAAAUUCUCUCAUCGAGGUCGCAUUCAGGCUCUGCUUCGGUUUCGAUUCCUGCAUCGUGGCAUGGAAGCUAAAGAAUAUUGCUAUCCAAAUCACAAAUCAUCUCAAACACAAAAAUCUCAGUAUCCUUCUUCUUUAAAUGCCAGGGAAAGACCUAACUUCAGUAAACAAAGCGAUAAAGAAGUGACAAAAAAUGAUACGUCAACAAUUUUGCGGGCAACCAAUGUACAAAAGUAUGAAAACGGAUCCAAUGAAGUCAUGUGUACAAAGAGGUUACCCAAAAAAAAGAUGACAAAUCACAUCCUAGACCACCCCGAAGGCUCCAUGACAUGUUCACAAAGUUCUCAUCAUCAAACAACACUUGAUGCACAAGAAAAUGUUGGACUGCUGCUAUAUAGUUAUGAAAAGCUCGAUCAUGAAAUGCGUCCAUUUUCAAUCUUCAUGAAGCAAGAAACCAAUUUAGAGGAAGUUAAAUCUGAAUUGAAUGCUAGAAGUGAUUCGGACAUUGAAAACAAUAUCAGGGAAAAUUUUGAAUAUAAUAUCGAAAUGUGCAACAUACAAAACAAAAAGAAAGAGGCCAAUGGAGUUCAUGAGGUAAUAGAAAGCAAUCACAACCAAACUACAAGAGGUGAUUGUGAGGAAUUUUCGUCGAGUAACAAUUGCAUGUAUUGGGAGAGUGAUGUUCUCAAUCAAGAAAUUGGAUGGGAAGAGUUGCAGUGUGAUGAUGAUGAUGAUGAUGAUAACCAACAAAAAGAAGAAAGAAACAAAGAGUGGAUAGAUGAAGUUUCUCGCCCUCGGAGUGACUGGGAAGGUCUAAGGCAAGAAAGAUAUCAAGAGAUGCUUGAUCCUUUCCAAGACAACAAUGAAGACAUUCGAGUCCUCCUUGGAAGGAAAACUGUUUCUACUUUUCUAUCCAGUGCCCUAAGGAAAAAAAUAGAUCAGGUUAUGAUAGCUCGUGCUCAAGCACCACAAAUUCUAAACGAUGAUCAGAGGCAAACAGAACAAAAAGUAUCAGUAUCAACCAAACCAGAGAAAUGGGAAGAAGAAGAAGAGCAGAAUGGUAAAGAAAACUACAAUAUUGAUAAUUUUAACGAGCAACAAAACAACGACUCGGAUGACUACACAGAUGUUAUCACACAGUCUCCACUAGAAUCAUGGUCUCAGCUGAAUCAAGGUCGUGAAUUGAGUGAUUAUUCAAUUCGGUUGGCUUCUCUUUCUGCACAAGAAUCUUCAUCACAUUAUUACUCAGAAAAUGGUCAACCUAACUCCUCAGAUAGUGUCCAUCCGUCACUUGAUUUGGAGCUUAUAUAUGACUUGAGAAGGCAUAUGGAGCAACUGCACCGAGAGAUGUCUGAACUGAAAAACUCGAUUAAAUGUUGCAUGGACAUGCAAAUCAAAUUACAAUGUUCCAUAAAGAAUGAGGAUACAAAAAAUUUACAUAAUUCAGAAACAAAGAAUGGAAGACAGUGUGUAGCGAAUAAGGUAGCAAGUGAAGGAAAGUGUUGUGUCUGCUGCAAAAUGCAAAUUGAUUCUCUUCUUUACAGGUGUGGCCACAUGUGCACAUGCUUCAAAUGUGCUCAUAAGCUACAAUGGAACAGUGGAAAAUGUCCAAUAUGUAAAGCUCCAAUUUUGGAUGUCGUUCGAACUUACUCCAAUCAUUCUUAA